CUUCUUCUCAUAGAAGAAAUGUGGGAUCAGUUUCACAAAUCAUGACUUCCUUCUCUGCUGUUAAUAAACUCCAUUUUCGGUGGAGAAUAGUGUUUCUUCUUCUUGGUUUUCUUGUGGUUCAAGGUCUGGGUUUAAUUGCAGAUGGAGUUCUUUUGCUUUCUUUCAGGGCCUCCAUUCUCGGUGAUCCUCUGCAAGCACUACAAAGCUGGAAUUCCUCCGACCAGACACCUUGUUCUUGGAACGGAGUAACUUGUGUCAACUCUCGUGUUACAGCCUUGUCUUUGCCCAAUUCUCAGCUUCUUGGUUCAAUUCCGUACGGUCUGGGCACGAUUCAAUUCCUUGAAAAACUUGAUCUUUCCAACAAUUACCUUAAUGGGUCUUUUCCUUUGUCGAUUUUCAAUGCGACUCGUCUUCGGUUUCUUGAUUUGUCCAACAACUUGAUCUAUGGUGUGGUGCCGGAGACGAUAGGAAUGUUGCAGAGCCUCCAGUUUCUCAACCUUUCCGACAAUGAAUUGACGGGUACUUUACCCGCCACUCUUACAACAAUCCAGAAUCUAACUGUUGUUUCUUUCAAGAACAAUUACUUCUCCGGCAGUCUUCCAACCGGGUUCCUGUCUGUUCAAGUUCUAGAUGUUUCUGCCAACCUUGUCAAUGGUUCUUUGCCGCCAAACUUCGGAGGUGACAAUCUUAGGGACUUGAACGUUUCUUACAACAAGCUUUCCGGAGAAAUUCCGUCCCAAUUCGCAGAGAAAAUCCCUGAUAACGCUACUAUUGAUUUUUCCUUCAAUAAUCUCACCGGAGAAAUCCCUGAUUCCGUUGUUUUUACGAGUCAAGAAUCCAAAUAUUUCUCCGGGAAUCCUUAUCUGUGCGGUGAAGUUACCGGUCGUGAUUGUCCAAUAGCUUUCUCACCGUCAUCUUCUCCUCCGGCAAUCGCAGCCAUUCCCAAGACAAUAGAACCAUCUCCUGGAGCUAAAAGAACAAGACAAAACAGGCUCAAACCAGGAACCAUAAUAGGAAUCAUUGUCGGAGACAUAGCGGGGAUUGGAUUUUUCAUCAUGGUUUUCUUUAUCGUUUACAAGUUCAAGAGCCAAAAGAGAGUUGAAACUACAGCAAAACGAGAAGCUACUAGCGCGGGCAACGACGAUAAUUGGUCUACGUCGUUGUCAGAAUCCAGAGGGUUUAAGAGAUGGUCGUGUUUAAGGAACAUAACAGAGUACGAGGAAGAAUCCGAAACCAUUUCCGAGACCGAAGAAGAUCAAAGCGGGACCAAAAGUCAAGAUAAUCAACGGCAGCAAGGGCAAGAACACGACAAGAAAGGUACAUUGGUGACCGUCGAUGGUGAAAAACAGCUUGAGCUCGAGACUUUACUCAAAGCGUCGGCUUACAUUUUAGGUGCGACGGGGUCUAGUAUUGUGUACAAGGCAGUGCUUGGUGAUGGGAGUUCUUUGGCGGUUCGAAGGAUUGGGGAGAACAGUGAGGUUCGGUUCAAGGAUUUUGAGACCCAAGUUCGAGUCAUUGCUAAACUGGUGCACCCUAAUUUGGUCAGGAUUCGCGGCUUCUAUUGGGGAGUCGAUGAAAAGCUUAUCAUCUACGAUUUUGUACCAAACGGCAGCCUCGCCAACGCUCGUCACAGAAAAGCUGGUUCUUCACCUUGUCAUCUACCCUGGGAAGCUCGGCUAAAAAUCGCGAGAGGAGUGGCCCGUGGGUUGGCAUAUCUCCACGACAAGAAACACGUGCAUGCCAAUUUGAAACCCAGCAACAUUCUGUUAGGCUCCGAGCUGGAACCAAAGAUAGGAGAUUUCGGGCUCGAGAGGCUAGUAACGGGCGACACGAGUUCCAAAGCUGGCAUCUCGGCUCGAAAUUUCGGCAGCAAAAGAUCAACAGCAUCGAGAGAUAGCUUUCAAGACCUAGCCGGACCUAGCCCAAGUCCAAGCCCAAGCUCUUUCUGCGUAUCCCCUUACCGAGCCCCCGAGUCACUCAGGAGCCUCAAGCCCAACCCCAAGUGGGAUGUUUAUGCAUUUGGAGUCAUCUUGUUGGAGCUUCUGACGGGGAAAGUGAUAGUGGUGGAUGAGUUGGGUGAGGGGAAUGGGAUUGUUGUUGAAGACAAAAUGAAGGCGUUGAGGAUGGCUGACGCACCGAUUCGAGGUGAAUUGGCAGGCAAAGAAGAGGGGUUGUUGGCUUGUUUUAAGUUGGGGUACAAUUGUGCAUCUCCCAUCCCACAUAAGAGACCCUCGAUGAAAGAAGCCUUACAAAUUAUUGACAAAAUACCUUCUUCAAAUUCACCUUCACUACACUGUUUAGGAUACUGAUAAACGUUGAACAAAAUUGGAAGAUUAUAUUUGUAGACAAAAAUGUAUGUGAUGAUCUAUUGAUAGUUUUUUUUUUCAUUUUCA